AAUCCUCAUCUUGAAUGAGUGGUACGUGAAGGUGCAUUCUAGGCAAGAUUUCUUCUGAUUUCUACCGCCUGAGGGUUUGGUAUCUGCAGAAUCGAAAUCUUAAUUGAAGUGCAAUGACUUGGUAAAAGAGUAAUGUCUCUUUAUGAGCUUUGGGUUGGUAAGUCACACCAUCUUAAUUUUCAAGUCUGACGUGAUUGACACAGUUUUGGUGCCCUCGUAAUUUAAGCAUCGCAAGAGAGCUAAAUUCAUACUCAGUGUCAUUUAACCCACCCAAGCAAACUAUCCUACAAGUUUGGACUUAAGAAAAAAAAAAUCGUUGCUUGUGAUGUGGAAUUAUCGCUAAUUGCAAGAAACAAAUCUAUUGUGUGUCACGGUUGAGUGUUGACGAUGACACAUCUACCAGGAUUGUGCAUCAGACGGGCUGCAUUGUAUUGUAAAUGUCCGAGAGGCAAAUGAUCAAACACCACAAGCCCAAAGUGGCCAUCGGUAGCACCCAUGACCUGCCCCACCACGUGAAACGCAUCCACAGAAGCCUACCAGAGAGUGGCAAAACGCAGAGCUACGAGCCAAAAAAAGAAAAGAAGAAAAGGGGGAUUUAAAUACGUUUGGGAUGGAUAAUUCAGGUGGGGUUUUGCCUAACGCGACGUCGUUUUGGAGGUGGCUUCACAAAAGGGAGUUGGGCUCAAAAGAAAAGAGAAACAGAAAAUGAAAGUAAUAGAGCCCGCGUUUAAUGUACAAAAACCUGUCGAGUUGUGAUUUGUUUACGCUCUCUCUCUCUCUCUCUCCCUCUCUCCCCUUUUUCAGCAAAUCUUCUCUUUUGCUUUCAUCUGGGACGGAGAGAGAGAGGCUGCUUUGAUUCUCUCUCUGGUACAGUUCCCAUGUUCCCGAGUUUCUCCGACCAGCGUAGGUUAUGCAGAGCCUCUGCAAUUCCAAAUGGCUACUUCCUUCUGUUACUUAUCAUCUCUGUCUUGAUUAUCAAUUCCGCUGCUUGCUCUAAUCGCAAUUGCCAGGUUCUUGAGCCAUGUUCUUUGCCCACUGACUGUGGGCCAGGUCUCUACUGUGGGAACUGUCCUGCGAUGGGGAAGAAUCAACCCAUCUGCACCAGAGGCCAAGCAACUAUCCCUACUACAAUUAUUAAUGGGUUGCCUUUCAACAAGUACUCGUGGCUUAUGACCCACAAUGCGUUUUCCAUUGUUGAUGCGCCGCCCCUGCCGGGUGUUCAGAGAAUAACGUUUUACAAUCAAGAAGACACUGUCACUAAUCAGUUAAGGAAUGGAGUGAGAGGAUUGAUGUUGGAUAUGUACGACUUCGAGAAUGAUAUCUGGCUCUGCCAUUCAUUUCGGGGGCAGUGUUACAACUUCACAGCCUUUCAACCUGCAAUUAACACUCUGAAGGAAGUGGAAACAUUCUUGAGUGAGAACCCAUCAGAAAUUGUGACCAUUGUAAUUGAGGACUAUGUGCAUACUCCUAAAGGGUUGACAAACUUAUUCACUAAUGCUGGGUUAGACAAGUACUGGUUUCCAGUUUCUAAGAUGCCAAGAAAGGGUGAAGAUUGGCCCACCGUGACUGAUAUGGUACAAGAGAAUCACAGGCUUCUGGUUUUCACUUCUAUUGCUUCAAAGGAAGCAGAUGAAGGAAUUGCCUACCAAUGGAGGUACAUGGUGGAAAAUGAGCCUGGAGAUGCUGGGGUGGUACAAGGAUCAUGCCCAAACAGAAAGGAAUCACGGCCACUCAAUUCGAAAAGUGCGUCUCUUUUUCUACAGAAUUCUUUCCCAUCAUUUCCAGUUGAAUCUGACUCUUGCAAAGAGCAUUCGGCUACAGUCGGUGAGUUGGUAGGUACCUGUUACAAAGCAGCAGGGAAUGUGAUGCCCAACUUCUUGGCGGUUAAUUUUUACAUGAGGAGUGAUGGUGGUGGUGUUUUUGAUGUUCUGGAUGGAAUGAAUGGCCAGACAUUGUGUGGUUGUAGCUCUGUUGCUGCCUGCCAGGCAGGAGCACCUUUUGGAACUUGCAAGAAUGUUGCUGUAUCUAAUACAACCCAAACACCCAAUACUUUUGGAGGUUUUUCUGGAUCUGUGCAGUUAUCAGGAUCUGCUUCGACAAUCCAUUUUAUGAAUCUCUUGUAUUUUUUCUUGUUGUUUUUUUCGUUUUUAGUGUUCCAAUUAUGACUAUAACAUAUAAAUAGAGUCAAAGAAUUUAUGAGCUACUCCAUCUGGAUGAACUUCUAGUAUGUUGGUAUAAAUUUUGGAGUCAGAACAGGAAUACUGCAUGCCCACCUGAGUUAGUGGAAGGUCAAGGAAUGCUAGCUAGAGUUUUGGAAAGUGAUUGAACCGGCAAGAACAUUUAAAGCUCUCAUUUUGAGGCAAAAUCUGAGUCGCACAGGAUUGUGAAGUAGAUAGUGGCCAAGAGAUUAAACAUUGUAACAAGUGGUUCAGGUUUUCUGUUGGGGUAGUUGAGAUGUAAUGGUAACUAGUAGUUGGGGAGUAUCUGGUUAUAAUAUAUAUAGAGGUGCUCCCAUUAUCUGUUCUCUUAUUCUCUAUCAGACCUUGCCUCAUGGAUGGGGCGAAGCACCAAAUCCACCAAAGCUACAAAUAGGGCUGGUGAGAUGCUCCCCCCUUCAUUUACUGGGUUAGAUUGUAUUCCCACAUUUCAAUAUUUGCUGGUUUCCUUUCUUAUUCAAAUAUGGGUCAAUUUCGUUCGUUGUGUUU